GUAUCGCUUUUGUAUAAAGAGGGGGGGCGCACCCGCUAGUAAAUUUUCCAGUUUUCCCCCUUCCCCCUCAACGUCAACUUCGAGGCUAACAUGUCUGAUACCAAAACCUAUCCCAAUGAGAAGGGCAUCAAGUGCCCAGUCACUGGGCACGACUAUCGUGCACCUCAACCCGGUGAUUCUCGUUCAGUAUGCCCUGCACUCAAUACCAUGGCGAACCACGGAUACUUGUCGGUUUUUUUUCUGUUUUUAUGUUCCAUCGCUCCAUUUUGCUUAUCGGCUCGUAGACCGCGUAACGGAAAGAGUAUUUCUAUCCCAAGACUCGUAUCGGGCCUUAAAGUAUGCUAUGGACUGUCUACGGGACUCGCUGCUUUCCUUACGAUCGGCGGCUUCCUUUGGAUCGGCAAGUUGUUCUCUAUCGACCUGUACGAUAUUGGUCGGCACGGACGAGUCGAACACAACGCGUCGCUCGUCCACGCAGAUACUCCCGAAGGAGACAUAUACGCUCCCAUAAAGAUACAUGAAGACUGGGUAGAAGAGGUCGUCGGGGAUAUCCAACCCUGUGCGCUGGAAUGCCGGCAGGAGUCCCUGGUCGACGCGGAGGAUGUGGCGCGGAUGCGUGUUCGGAGGGAGAAAACUUCACCCGUCAUGGACUCGGUGCAUGCCGAGGUGGCGCGGGGGGAGAUGUCGCUUAUACUUGGGAUAUGGGAGAGGAAGGGCGAGACCAAGACGGGUAUGCCGCUUCCGUGGCUUUUGGAUUGGCUGAGCAAGGAGAAACUCCCGGAGGGAUGGGCACCUGAUCAUACGCAGACUUUGUCGGAUACCGUGGCGCGGAGUAAGACUAUUCGAUUAGGGAUGGAGAAGAUCAGGUCGGGGAGUAAGGUAUAGCGAUUGGUUUUAAUGUGUAUUAUUAUUGUAAAGGCAGCUGUUCGAUAUUGUACAUUAUUAAUCUACCGUUUACUUUGAAUGAUUACUCAAGUUCACGAUGUUACGGCUUCCACGAUGCGCAGCGCAGCGCCGUAGCCAAGCCAACCUCGCGUACCUGGCGCAAAUUCCAUCGACCGAAUCUCCACC